UCUCACUGUUUGCUUAUGGACUGGCAGGUGAAUAUCUACCGUCUGGUGACAAAGGGCUCAGUGGAGGAGGACAUCAUUGAGAAGGCAAAGAAGAAAAUGGUGCUGGACCACCUUGUCAUUCAGAGGAUGGACACCACAGGGAAAACUGUCCUCCAUACGGGGGCUGCUCCCUCCAGUUCUGCACCAUUCAACAAGGAGGAGUUGUCUGCCAUCUUGAAGUUUGGUGCUGAGGAGCUUUUCAAAGAGACAGAGGGUGAAGAGCAGGAGCCUCAGGAAAUGGACAUUGACGAGAUCCUCAAAAGAGCAGAGACAAGGGAAAAUGACCCUGGACCCUCCACGGUGGGAGAAGAACUGCUCUCCCAGUUCAAGGUGGCCAACUUUUCCGUGAUAGAGGAUGAGGAAAUUGACAUUGACUCUGAACGUAGUCAGCGGAGUUGGGACGACAUCAUUCCUGAGGAGCAGAGGAGGAGGAUGGAGGAGGAGGAGAGGCAGAAGGAGCUGGAGGAAAUCUAUUUGCUUCCGCGCAUGAGAAAUUGUGCCAAACAGAUAAGCUUUAACGCUAGCGAGGGCCGGCAGAGUAGGAACAGGAGGUACUCUGGCUCUGACAGCGACUCCCCCUCAGACCGAAAGAGGCCAAAGAAACGAGGGCGGCCUCGCACCAUUCCACGAGAAAAUAUCAAGGGCUUUAGUGAUGCUGAGAUCCGGAGGUUUGUAAAGAGUUACAAAAAAUUUGGAGGACCACUGGAAAGGUUGGAUGCUAUUGCCCGUGAUGCUGAGCUUGUGGAUAAGUCUGAACAUGACCUGAAACGCUUGGCAGACACUGUUCACAAUGGCUGUGUGAGAACACUACGAGAAAACCCCUGUGGACCAGAGAAGACAUCAGGUAACCAAACACAUCUUUCGCCAUCAGCGGGUGCCCGGUUAGCUCAGUCGGUAGAGCUGGUGACCCAUGUACAGAGUUGCUACAGCGGCCCUUUGCUGCUUGUCAUCCCCUCUCUCUGCCCCCCAUUCCUGUCUGUUUUCAGCUGUCACUAUCCAAUAAAGGCAAUAAAAGCCCCAAAAAAUUGCUUUAAAAAACAAUUCCAUCAGCUCAUUAUACCAAAUGCUGGUUUUUGCAUACUGGUAUACAUUGAAGAUGGGAUUUCGAAAUUAUGUGAUGAGGUUUAAUCUGGGGCCCACUUGGAAUUAGAGAAUAUGAUCUGAUUAUUUUGAUAAUAUAAUAAAAAAAUAAUAGACAGAAGCUAAAAAAUGCCUAAUAUAAAAGAAUUGUUAAGCGAGUUGUUAGGUGACAGAGAUUUAAACAUAUUGCAAGU